CCACCGGCUAAGUAAGAGGCUGGAAAUCCCAACCCCGAAAUAAUCUUCCCAGGUCAAUUCUUUCCUUCCCAUGAGCUGGAGAGCCUGCGGCGCUCCUCAGCCAUCCCGGAGGCCGCGCUGAUGCGAGGAGGCCGGUUAGGGAGGCAGGUUGGGGGGGGAGUUUGUGUGUUCCAGUCCAAACUUCAGCCCUGCCAAGGGCAGCAGGAGGCUGGGGCCUCCCGGGACGCGUGGAGCGGGGAAGUGUUUGCAGCCGCACGCCGUGUGCGCCGAGAGAGGAGCCAGCGCGGCUGGACAGGAUGCCUGGUGUCUGUGAUCUGCCACUCGUCUUGGCCACCGCUGCCUCUCUGCCCUAAAGGCACGGCUUACUCACUCCGCCAGCUAAUUGGCUUUUCUGGGAAGCCUUCGCCGAAAUCCUCUCGUGUCACCCAGAAUAGCGCCCUUCCCUGGCACGGCGUCUGCUGCCAGGCUCCGCAUUGUCACAAGGUUUUGUAAGGUUUAGGCUGGGUGCCUCCUCUGGAGCCCGAUGCUUCCACCUUCAGGGCCACGGCAGGCUUUUGGGGCCACGGCCAGGCAAGUUGUGACCAUCUCCUAGCGUGGAGAUCAAGCCCUGUCCUUGUGGCUCCUCGAGUCCAGCUGGGAUUUACAUCAUUGCACGUUUGUCCCAUUGCUGCCUGUCCUUUUUCCGGGCUCCGUAGAACCUGGCUCCGUCUCUAAUCCCCUUCUCUUGCACCCUGCGUGCUCCAGACUCUGCUGAAUCCUGCAGCAGCUGUAAAACCACCUUGCUGUGAGCCCCUGGACCACCAGGGCCCUCUCCUACAUCCUGCCACGUCCAAGAGGUGGAAGCGUCUGCCCCUGAGCGCCAGCCCCACCGGUCCCACUAACCCUGGCUGGGAGCUUUGGGGGAUUCCCUGGGGCUUUCGGGGGGACGCUGAGCAUCGGCUUGGUCCACACGAGGGAGGUUGGAGGUGGUGAUGCUGCUACGGCUGCCAGGUGCUUAGAGGCUUUCGUGCAGAUGUGAUGCUUUCAUCCAUGUGAGAUGUGAUAAGCUGCAGAAAACAGAGACACGAACUUCUAAGAUUAGUGUAUAUUUUUUCUAUUUUGUUUUUUUUUUUUUCCCCUUGUUAGUCAACUAUGAUUUUUUUUUUUAGCUGUAUUACAACGUGCCCCAGCUACAGAUAUGUCAAAACAGGCAGCAAGCUGAAACAAACUGGUCUGAGUUUUGCAGUGUCCCUGGGGAGAGCAUCUCUGGAGACAAAGAUGCGUCCGGUUCGCUGCGAUGAAACAACUUUAACGCGUCCUUGUCAGCCCAGGCUGCCCACCAGGUGACCAUGGAGUCUCCGCACCGCGAGGCAGAGCCCGGGCAGCAGGAGCAGGAGCUGCGGCAGAUCCUCAAUAAGGACAAGAGCAAACGAAGUGCUGUGGCCAGCACAGUGGUGAAGCAGAAACUGGCGGAGGUCAUCCUGAAGAAGCAGCAGGCAGCAGCUUUGGAAAGGACCAGCAACCCCAACCCUUCAGCCAUGCCGUACAGGUCUUUGGAGCCUCUGGAUCCCGAGGGCCCUUCCCCUCCUGUACUCAGCACCUUCCUGCCCCCGGUCCCUAGCACUUCGCUUGACCCCCCGGAGCAUUUUCCGCUGCGGAAGACAGCGUCCGAGCCCAACCUGAAGGUGCGUUGCAAGCCCAGGAAGUGCCUGGACCGACGCAAGAACCCCCUGAUGCGGAAGGAGAGCGCGCCCCCCUCGUUGAAGAGGAGGCCGCCCGAGGCGAUCGAUUCCUCCCCGAGCAGCAGCAGCACCCCCGUGUCCGGCUGCAGCUCUCCCAACGACAGCCUCCCCGCCGAGCACGGAGCCCUCCCCGCUGCCUCCGGCAUGGCCCACGAGGCGCCCCUGGCCCAGCGCCUGAUGCUGCAGGAGAGCUCCCUGGCCCAGUUUGCCUUGCAGAGCGCAGCCUCCCUUCCGGCCAUCACGCUGGGAUUGCCGGCCACCACUAGCGCCAGGGGAGAUGCCGAUCGCCGCCCCCUCUCUGGCCUGGCCCACCGGGUGCCCGUGCUGAACGGGCCCGUCCUCACAGGCACGCACUCGCCCAUGUUCAUACCAGCUGGCUUGGAGCAGCACGAGGCCGGGAGCCCCUUGUCCCCUCGGCUGCAGCCCGUCAUCAUCCUCGAGCCCUCGGUCACCCACGCUCCGCUUGUGGCUGUGCCAGGGCUGGGAACGGUCCCCUUCUCCUUCGCCCCCUCGCUCAUCUCUGCAGAGCGCCUGUCGCUCCCGGGCCACCACAAGCCGCUGGGCAGGACCCGCUCGGAGCCCCUGCCCCAGAACCCCAAGGCCAUCCAGCAGCAGCUGGUGUACCAGCAGCAUCACACCCAGUUCCUGGAGAGGCUCAAGCAGCAGACGCAUCUGGGCAAGCGCAUGGCCAAAACCAGCGAGAAGCCCCGGCUGCGGCAGAUUCCCUCCUCGGAGGACAUGGAAGCAGAAGGGACGGAGACGGGGGCUGAGGGCGGCGACCAGGCGAGGGCACGCGUGGAGCCUGCGCGGCCGGGGAGCAGCGGGAAGGAGCCCGAGAGGACGCAGAAGCUGCUGCAGCCUCAGGAGGAGCUCGUCCUCCAGCAGGCGUAUCUCUGGGACCCCUACCAGCGCAUGCAGCACCAGCUCCUCAAGAGGCAGCCUCUGGCCGACCCCCCCAUGGUUCCGACCGUCCUUGCGGGGCACAGGCCCCUCUCCAGGGCCCAGUCAUCUCCUGCCACCGCGACCAUCUCCCUCCCUGCCCAGGACACGGCCUCCAAGACGCUCUCCCUGCCCGUGCAGGAGCAGCCGACCAAGCCACACUUCACGACAGGGCUGGUUUACGACUCAGUGAUGCUCAAGCACCAGUGCUCCUGUGGAGACAACAGCAACCACCCGGAGCACGCGGGCAGGAUUCAGAGCAUCUGGUCCCGGCUGCAGGAGCGGGGGCUGCGCAGCCAGUGCGAGUGUCUGCGGGGACGCAAGGCCACCCUGGAGGAGCUGCAGUGCGUCCACACCGAGCGCCACGUCUUCCUCUACGGCACCAAUCCCCUCAACCGCCUGAAACUGGACAACGGGAAGCUGGCAGGGAUCCUGUCGCAGCGGAUGUUCGUCAUGCUGCCCUGCGGAGGGGUGGGGGUGGACAGCGAUACCAUCUGGAACGAGCUGCACUCCUCCAACGCAGCCCGCUGGGCCGCGGGCAGCGUCACCGAGCUGGCCUUCAAGGUGGCCACCAGGGAGCUGAAGAACGGUUUCGCUGUGGUGAGGCCGCCCGGACAUCACGCGGAUCCAUCCACUGCAAUGGGGUUCUGCUUCUUCAACUCGGUGGCCAUCGCCGCCAGGCAGCUGCAGCAGAAAGGGAAACUCAGCAAGAUCCUCAUUGUGGACUGGGAUGUUCACCAUGGCAAUGGGACCCAGCAGGUCUUCUACAGGGACCCCGACGUUCUCUACAUCUCUUUGCACCGUCACGAUGAUGGAAACUUCUUCCCCGGCAGCGGGGCCGCCGACGAGGUUGGUGCUGGCCCUGGGGAGGGAUUUAACGUCAACGUAGCCUGGACUGGAGGGCUCGACCCCCCCAUGGGUGACCCUGAGUAUCUGGCAGCUUUCAGGACGGUGGUGAUGCCGAUUGCACAUGAAUUCUCCCCCGAUGUGGUGCUGGUGUCGGCCGGCUUCGACGCGGCCGACGGCCACCCGCCACCCCUGGGCGGCUACAAAGUCUCUGCUAAAUGCUUUGGCUACAUGACGAAGCAGCUGAUGAGCCUGGCUGGGGGAGCCAUCGUCCUCGCGCUGGAAGGCGGCCACGACCUCACGGCCAUCUGCGAUGCGUCCGAGGCCUGCGUGUCAGCCUUGCUGGGCAACGAGCUGGAUCCUCUCCCAGAAGAAAGCAUGCGGCAGAAACCCAACGCCAACGCCGUGCGCUCCUUGGAGGCGGUGAUCCAGGUCCAGAGUAAAUACUGGGUGGCCGUGCAGCGCUUUGCCUCCAAGCUGGGCUGCUCCUUCCUGGAGGCGCAGCACCACGAGGCAGAAGAGGUGGAGACCGUCACAGCCUUGGCCUCCCUCUCGGUGGCCGUGAUGGUGGAGAAGAGGCCCCAGGAUGAGCCGAUGGAGGAAGAGGAGCCCAUGAACCAGUGAUGAGCGGUGAUGUUCUCUGCUCCCCUGCUUCCAGGACGUGGCUGGACUCUCCUGAGCCCAGCGCUCGCUCUUCGCUCCUGGCUUCCCGUUUGCCACGUCAUUCUCACUCCCCAAGCCACGGUCCUGAACCGGCCUGGACCUUUGGCUGCCACCUCUGCAGGGCUCCCAGAAAGGAUGCUCCCACAGCCCCGCGGGAGACGUCCUCCCGCUGGGGACAGGUGGAAAACCACAACCUCCCUCUGCACGGCGCCGCCUUGCACACCUAGACCGUGCCUGCAAUCAGUCCCCAACCUUCAGGACCUGAAACCCCUCUUGGGGACACGCGAGAGGCCACCGCCCCUGCCCUUCUCCUGGGAUCUUCCUCACCUUUGGAGAAGGGGGUGGGUGUUGGGAUGGAUGCUGUGGUCAUGCUGCGGCUGGUUGGAGCCGCCGUCGGGACUGCACCCAGAGCUCCUUCCAGCCAGCCAUCCCGUGGAGAAACAGCCCCGUGUCUUGCUCGAGAGGGACAGGCUCCCCGUGUCUUCUCUGAGAGGGAUUCCCGGCCUUCUCCACGUCCUCCCCUUCCUCUCUGGUAGAGCACGACGCAGGAGCGAGCGUGACAGUGACAGGGGCUGCGACCUCGCUCUGCACGAGGAGGGGUUGGAAGGCGACGGCUGCUGCGCCACUUGCCUUGCGCUUGGGGAAGAGCAAGGGCUGGAGGGGCUGCAGCGCCCAGGAUCGCACCCGUGGGACAUCCUAACCACUAACCAGAGCGCGACCCCUCUGGUGCUGGGGCUCUGAUUUGCACUAUAUACAUAUGAGAUGUGCUAAUGUGAA